AUGGCUCUCCUUGAAUCUCGCACGCGCGCUACCGAGCAAUGCCACGCACGGGCAGGCCAGAAACAUAAAACGCUUAAAAACCCGAAGAUUUCUAUUUUUUCGACUGUAAUUGCUCCGACAGCCCUUCCCUCUACUCUGCUGCGGCACUGACCCCCGUCGGCAUAUUCUAUCUGCGAGAAGAUGAGUGCUGUUUCUAGGGUUUCAAUCCCCCAUGGCGUGAAGAAUAUGAUCCAGAACAUUAAGGAGAUCGCGGGCAACCAUGGCGAUGAGGAGAUAUACUCAAUGCUCAAGGAGUGCUCUAUGGAUCCCAACGAGACGGCCCAGAAGCUUCUCUUCCAAGAUACCUUUCAUGAGGUCAGGAGGAAGCGUGAGAAGCGAAAAGAGAGCAUUAGAGAGGCUACUGAUAACAACUGGAGGCCAGGAUCACAAGGGCGCAUUGGUAGAACUGUUCGAGGAAACUACAAUUCACACUAUGCAUUUCAUGCAGAUUCUGGUGCUGGAAGGAACACGAGUGCAGUAAAGGAGAAUGGAAUUGCCCAAGUCAGGGACAAAUAUAUUACGUCUUCACACAGUACACCGAACACAAUUUUUAAGGCUGCAAUUCCAGAGACGAGGUCAACUACAUAUAAGGCAAGAUCGGCGGGUAAUCUGCCUAAUGGACUAAGCAAAACAAAGUAUAAUUUGCCCAAUGGGUUGAGCAACGCAGGCCGUUUAUCAGCUGAUGAUUCAGGAUACCGUGGUGGGCUUUCAGUUAAAGAAACAGCAGUUGAAUCUAAGACGAGUGGAAUUUCUUUUCAGAAAAAGAUCUCAGCUCAAAGCACCAAUCAGGUGUCAUCAUCUCUUACCUCAGCCUCUUCUGCUGGAGUUAAUGCCCCAAAAUCAGGACCAGUUCUAGCUCCAUCGUUUGGUUUGAGCAUUCCAGUGUCAGCGGGUCCUGUCAAACAAAAAGCAAAUACUGACUCAGUUAUUUCUAGGGAUGUUGGUGGUUCUGAGUUGUUAUUCGUUGAUGAAAGAGAUGCUUUGGAAAAAAAACAUUCUUUUGGAAAUAGCCGAAUUCAUGGGAACUCACUGGAUGUUGAGAAAACCCUGCUGCAUGAUUCAUCCCAGUCCGCACCUUCAAAUGCUGUUGUUGGUUCCUCCAGCAGUAGGCCAUCUAGUAACUACGGAAACCGCUCACAACAUGCAAGUGCUCCUAUGAAGGCUGGUCCUGUGAUGGAGUGGAAACCUAAAUCAACAAAUGUAAACUCCAUUUCAAGCUCUGAAGUUCGCUGCUGCUCUGGUGUUGAUCCCAGCAAAGGGAAAGCAAGGGAAGCUAUCUCUUGCUCUUUGAAUGUGUCAGAGUCGAUGGUUUCUGAUAUAUCUAAAAAAGUUCCUAAUUUGGAGGACCUGCGUAUUUCAGACACUCAACAUGUUAUCAUUCCAGAUCAUUUACAAGUCCCAGAGUCUGAAAGAACAGGCUUGAGCUUUGGAAGUUUUGGUCUGAACUUUGGAUUGGACAUGGGAUUAAAGAUUGAACCUGAAAAAAUUGAAUGCCUUGAAGAACCAUCUGAGUUAUCAGGAAAACUUGAGGAAAAUGUUGAACAAUUUCCAUCCUGUUCUAGAGAUGAAUCCCCUCUUACUGAAGAAAACACUUAUUCAGAUGAUCAGCAACCAGAAAUGCCUGAAAAUCAUUCAGCAAGUGCUAUCGAAAGUCUUUCAAGUAUUUCUCCUGUUGCAGAUUAUGAUCAAUCAACUCCAGAGGUGUCUUUGGCCAAGGAAGCAUCUCAACACUCUAUUAUUCAUACUGCGCCAGUGUACUCAAACUUUGGGUUGGUUGCACAAAAGAUUGGCAGUCCUUUUCCCGCAUUUGAGGCCACAGAAAUUCAUGCACGGGAUACUGCUCGCCUCCCUGGCUUUAUUCAGGUCCCACAACCAUUUGAUCCUUCUACAAACUAUUAUACUUCUUUCUAUCGCCCUGCGGCUGAUGGUGAUGGUCGUUUCUCUCCCUUUCUUUUAUCAGGUGGUGCUCCUAAAUUCAAUGGAAAUAUCGCAAUUUUACCUCCCCAGGCUAGCCAAUCUACUCAAGAGAUAGGUAAUUCGAUGAUUUUAUCUUCAACUGGACCAACUCCGAUUGUUGCUCAAACAACUGGAGUACUGCAAAAUUCUGUUGCUGUUAGCCAACAACCAGUUCCUGUCUUUAGGCAGCCUGCUGGUGUACAUAUAUCUCAUUACCCACCUAACUACAAUCUAUAUAAUCAGUAUUUUUCUCCAUUUUACAUACCUCCUGCUGCUGCCAUUCACCAUUAUUUAGGAAAUGCUCCUAUAUUUACCCAGCAGCCUUCAACUGGAAACCUAUAUCCACUUCCGACUGCUACAGCUGGCACCACGCCUGUUAAAUAUCCCAUUUCCCAGUACAAGGCUGCAACCAACUCUGUUCCUGCUGGGCAAGGGGCAUAUGGAAUGACUUUGGCAGGUUACAAUUCGUCUGUUAGCAGCGGGAAUUCAACUAGCAGUGAUGAUCUAUCUUCAUCUCAGUUCAAAGAAAACUAUGUGUACAUUCCUGGGCAGCAGAGUGAAGGUUCAGCUGUCUGGAUUUCCCCUCCUGGCAGAGACAUUUCCACGCUUCAGCCCAGUUCUUUCUACAACAUCCCUUCCCAUGGUCAGCCUGUUGCUUUUGCUCCCACCCAAGCUGGACAUGCAGCUGCAGCAGCAUCAUUCACUGGUCUUUACCACCCAACCCAAUCUCUUUCUGCCGGAUCCGUACAUCCUUUGUUACAGCAGUCUCAGGCCAUUAGCGGAGCUUCUGAAAUUGCCAUUCCCACAGGUGUCUAUCAGCAGCCUCAACGUCCUUCACAGAUUAAUUGGGUUAACAAUUUUUGAUAGGAAUAAAUCAUUUCAAGAGGUAGCGCGCCACUGUUUGGAGAAGAAUUUGAUCAGAAAUCAUGGAUGCUUGCUACCCUUGAACCAAUUUGUCGAAGAAGAAUGUAUAUACAGAGAUAUAGAAGGAUGGGCAGACACAUUUUAGUCUCGUCGAAGAAAGAUUAAGUUUCACCUGGUCCCAAUGAUUUGAUAAUUUACAUAACUUUAUUUUGUGAUCAUAGGCAGAUCCUUUGCUUUUGGCAGUUUCUCCCUUCUAGCUAUGAAUCGCUUUCCUUUUAGGUGACUAGAAGUGUUCUUUUAUAUUUUUUCUUUAUUCACUACUUUUUAAUCAUAGUUCUGAGUUUGUAAAGACUAUUUACCCACGGCGUGAUAUUCAGUUGGUUUUCCUUUUUUUGGGUGCCUGUAAAGUAAAUUUUGAUAUGAGCAUAUAUUUUAUUUUGCAUAAUCGAAUGCAGCGGCAUAAGCACAUUUCACCA